AUGUUCUGCGAUUUAGCUGUAGAUGAACAGGAUUCUGUCCGUCUACUUGCUGUCGAAGGAUGUAUCGCAAUGGCAGGACUGUUGUCUGAAGAGAGCCGUCGUGAUCUGGUUCGUCCAGUACUGAUGGGCCUGAUUGAUGACAAGAGCUGGCGUGUACGAUUCAUGGUAGCGGAGAAACUAACGGAGAUUCAAGAAGCUAUUGGUGAAGACAUGACAAUGACUGAACUUGUUCCUGCAUUCACUAAUCUGCUCAAAGAUCCCGAAGGAGAAGUCCGUGGUGCAGCAGCGCAGAAAUUGAACACUUUCUGUGCAAAUCUGAAGAAGAGCGCAAGAGAAUCGGCUAUACUCAACAAUAUUUUGCCGGUUGUGAAAGAAUUGGUGACUGACCCGAAUCAGCACGUGAAGACCGAGCUUGCUGGCGUGAUUAUGGGCUUAGCGCCGCUUGUGGGGAAAGAGAACACAAUCUCACAGCUUCUACCAAUUUACAUGCAACUACUGAAAGACAGUACUGCAGAAGUCCGCCUGAACAUCAUCAGCAGCCUCGACAAGGUCAACGAUGUUAUCGGUGCAUCGCAGCUUUCCCAGUCGCUUCUUCCAGCUAUCGUUGAACUUGCUGAAGAUGGAAAAUGGCGCGUGAGGCUGGCCAUAGUCCAAUUUAUGCCCCUUCUUGCUGCACAGCUCGGGCAAGCCUUUUUUGAUGAGAAAAUGCUCCCACUUUGUCUCAACUGGCUCUGUGACCAUGUUUAUGCAAUACGUGAAGCUGCAACGGCAAUCCUUACUGAACUUGCCGGAAAAUUCGGUGGUGAAUGGGCAACAAAGAACAUUAUGCCGAAAGUGCUCACCUUGUCCAAGGAUCUCAACUACUUGCAUCGUAUGACCUGCCUGUUUUGUCUCAAUUCACUUGCCGAAGCUGUAGGACCUGAACAAACAGCGAAAGAGAUUAUGCCUGUGAUCAAGGAGCUCAGUGGAGAUAAUGUACCAAACGUGCGCUUCAAUGUGGCCAAAGGACUAAUGAAGAUUGGAAAAGUGGUAGAUUCGAGUCUACUCCAAAAUGAAAUCAAGCCAAUCCUAAUGAAUUUAUGCAACGAUGCCGAUUUUGACGUUCGGUACUUUGCCGAAGAAACAAAGAACGCCCUAGGAUUACACUAG